UGGAUCAUACACAAUGAUGUCGGGUGUUUGUGGACCGGAUGUUGCUUUUGCGACUCAAGGAACACGAGCAAGACGCUAUGGCACCCACACAUAAGACAAAAGCAUGUCCAUCAUCUUAUCUGAUCCCCAUCUCUGCCUUUCAUCAAUUGCCUUCCGACGUCGUUGUCCAAGACCAACCUCAACAUGCGUCUCUCUAUGGAGCGCGCUCACGACAAUGGCUCAGUCGAGAGUCAACAUCAGACUUCGAUCUCAGCUGAGAAAGGGCCGGAUGUGGCUGUCGCCAGUAGCGGGUCAUCAGUCAGGAGCGAGGGAGGCCGAAGUACACUCGUACCAGUCAAGAUGAAGCUCAUCUCUAUCUUGCUGGUUACGGCUAUUGGCUUCGGUUCUCACUGGAGCAGCGGAGUGACUGGUGCGAUGAAAAGUACGCUGAAGAAGCAAUUGCACAUCAAUAACGCUCAGUAUGCAGUCCUGGAAGCAUCUGAGGACUUCAUAAAGACAACCUUGAUUCUGGUCAGUGGUAUUGUCACUGACAGGAUCGGUGGUGCCAGUGCUAUGCUUUGGGGCAACGCCAUUUUCAGUGUGGGUGCGAUCUUUAUUGCUGCAGCCACCACCGUACGCUCAUACAAGUUCAUGGUCUUCGGUGUCAUCGUUCAGGCCUUAGGUGACAUUGCUACUCAAGUCGCCCAGUACAAAGUCUUCAGUUCCUGGUUCGCUCCUUCCGACGGCUUUGCAUCAACCUUGGGUCUUGAACUCGGCAUUGGUAAGAUUGGCUCUUUCGUCGGGAAGGCUACGGCCAACGUCAUCGCGAAGAAAACUGGCGACUUCAGCUGGGUGUAUUGGACCGCUGUGUUCAUGAAUCUUUUCACCAAUGUCGUUACCCUGGUGUUCUGGUUCUUCAUCAAAUGGUGCAACAAGACGUACUCUGGUAUGGUCGACCCGGCGACUGGCGAGAAGCUUACAGAAAACAACAAAAAGUUCGAGUUCGGCAAGCUGCUGCGUCUGCCUUGGACAUUCUGGGGUGUCGUAUGCUUCUCGCUCUUCGAGACCAGUACAGCCAACAUCUACAACCAGAACGCCACUGAGCUGGCCGAGCAGCGUUUCAAGAUUGACGCAGUCACUGCAGGAUGGUACUCAGCCAUGUCGCAGUACCUUGGUUUCUUCCUCGUGCCGCUCAUCGGCGUCUUCAUUGAUCUACUCGGCAACCGAAUCACGCUCAUAGUCGUCUGCGGAGUAGGCAUGCUGCUGUCUAUGUGUCUGGCCGCUUGGGGCCCUACAAUCGGCGGCACCGCUGCUUCAUUCGGUAUCUAUGCAGUCGCAACAUCUUUCGGACCCACUGUCAUCAUCGACUCCAUUCGCACAACGAUGUGGUACCAAGAAGUCUUCGGUUCGGGCUACGCAGUCAAGAUUGCAGUCAACAACAGCAUGUCCGUCUUUGUUCGCAUCAUUACAGGUGUCAUUCAAGAUCGCGACAACAAUUCGUACGAUAACGUCGUCAAGGGCUACGUCUUCCUUGCUGCAGGGUCAGCCGUUGUUGGUACCGCGCUGCUUGCGGCCAGCUACUGGACUGUGGAUCUAAGACUGCUGCAGUGGACUAAGAAGCAGCGCAUGGCAAAGGGCGAGACAAUCAAUGAUCGCAGGGUACAGUUUGAGAAUGGCGAGGCUGGCACGAGGAACAGGAAGAUCAGUUUGACUUUGUUCGUUGUUCUCAUUUUAUUUAUCCUGGGCGCUUGGGCAGCGUACUUCUGGGGUAUUGCCACUGGCAACAAUAGCUGAUCGAUCGAGCCACAAGUAUAUUUAGGACAUGUCCUUCCAGGCCUGGAUGCAAAGAUUGAUUGCACGACC